UGUGUUCGCGUUGGUUGUUGGUCUCAUUUAUUGAUUUAAAGUUUACUGAACAUCAUUUAGUUAACCGUUAGUUAUUUAUUCAUUUUAUUUCAUUUAUGAAAUCGUAAAGCUUGCAUCUGCAGUUAUUAAAGUGGAUGUGUUACGUCAUAUUGUCGUAGUAGAUUAUUACGUGAGAUGUUUGAUAGUUAUACAUUAUAACCUGCAGAUUCACGUGCUUUUACAUGUAGAUGAUAGAACAGCUGUGUGGGGUAUUUGAGAAAUAACAAAUUUUCUCUGUUUAUCAUUCCAUAAGCGUUUACAACAGAAAAAAAAAACAGUUUAUACGUGAACGUGUUUAUAUUAAUUACUACAUGUGCAAUAGGUGACAAUCUCAAGGUCUGCGGAUUGCAGCAAAAUUUGCUGAGAGGACUGUUUAUCGAUUAUCAAUAAACAAAAAAAUAUCUUAGCGAAAACUGAAUUGGGAUAGUGAAAAUAUUCAAGUUCAUAUUAACCUAAAUUUGGAAGACGAAGAUUAUCGUAACAUAAAACAUUAAUUGCUGCGUCAAAAAGUUUCGAUGGCGCCAAAGAUUUUUCUGGGAUUAUUGUUGUUGGUGACUUUAGGACAAGCAGUAAAUGUUCGGCCUCAUAUUUUGUUCAUUGUGGCAGAUGAUUUAGGUUGGAAUGACGUUUCUUGGAACAACCCGGACAUAAUGAUGCCAACUCUUGAUAAAUUGGCUCGAAAAGGUGUCAUCCUAAACUCCUCAUAUACACAACCCACAUGUAGUCCAUCUCGUGGUGCCCUAAUGACAGGAUAUUAUCCAUAUCACAUCGGCAUGCAACAUGGUAUUGUUAACAGAUAUCAACCUAAGUUUAUGCCAAAAGACAAAGAGACGCUACCGGAAGCACUGAAGAAAGUUGGUUAUGCGACACAUAUGGUAGGAAAGUGGCAUUUGGGAUUUUGUAAUUGGAAUUAUACACCGACGUAUCGAGGGUUUGACAGUUUCUAUGGGUUCUACUCCGGGGCCCAGGAUUACUACACGCAUAAACAUUAUGGUGGUUUUGAUUUCCGUUUCAACAAGAGCGUUCAUCAUCCUCCAAAAAUGCGAUAUUCUACGGCGUUGUUUGGUAGACGAGCAGCCGACAUUAUUUUACAGCAUGAUCCAGAUAAUCAACCAUUGUACCUACAGUUGUCAUUCCAGGGCGUUCAUACACCAUUGCAGGUUCCAAAGAAGUAUUCGAACCAAUAUUCCCAUAUCAAGAACAGAAAUCGAAGAUUAUAUAGCGGAAUGAUAACAGCUAUGGACGAUGCAGUCAGUCUUGUCAUGCGAGCCUUCCAGAAGAAAAGUUACAUGGACAACCUUCUUGUAGUCUUCACAUCUGACAAUGGCGGAGCGUCUUACAUCGCUGGUUCCAAUUGGCCUCUACGUGGUUCUAAGAAUACUUUAUGGGAAGGGGGAACCAGAGUCCCUACUUUUAUAUACAGUAAAAGCCUACUCAAGAAGACGGGAGUAACUCAAUCAGGGUUGGUACACGUGACUGACUGGUUCCCAACACUUGUACGACUUGCUGGCGGUGAAACAAGUCCGUUCCUGGAUGGGGUAGAUCAAUGGCUAGCAUUAAGCAGAGGGUGGCCAUCACCAAGACACGAGUUUGUGUACAAUAUAGAUGAAGUCAAACGAACUGGAGCAUUAAGGUCGGGAGACUAUAAACUAAUUGUAGGCAGUCCUGGUCGGUAUAACAACUGGUACCAGGCGAAGACAAAACCUGCGUGUAACUCUAAAGAGGCUCGACAAGGCUAUAUGUAUGAAGAAAAACAAUUAAAACUAGCUGAGAAAUUAGAUCGUCAAGAACAAAAAUCCGUCAACGGGUGGUGGUUUACAUCGCCUCUUCAAUAUAUAAAAGGUUUUGCCAACAAAGCGGCGGCAGUAUCUGGGGCAUCAUCAGCCUGGCGGUCAAUGUCCAAAUGGUACGAACAAUAUAGAUGUGAUAGAUUUAUGUCAGCUCAUGCGAGGGAAGAGAAGAGGUUGAAGCCACCUGCUAUACAACUGUUUAAUAUCAAAGAUGAUCCUGAAGAAAGAUUUAAUCUCGCAAACAAGAAGCCGGUGUUGCUGAAGAAACUGAUGAGAAAACUCAAGGCGCACAAGAAGACAUUAGUGAAGGCUCAGAAUCAACCGCACACCAAGCUAGCACAUCCCAAACAUUAUGAUAAUAUAUGGUCACCUGGCUGGUGUUGAAAUAGCCCAGGAUGAUUUGUUAAUGAUGAUCUCUUUUACCGUACAUUUAGGCAGCUUGUUUAAUAAUUGCUUAUGCUUACAAUACAAUGAUAUUUACAGAAUAUUCACAUUGACAUAAGCGAUGCUUAUAGGAAGAAGGAAAUAUAUAGUGAUAGAGGAUGUCUCCAAAUAUAUGUAAGUUUAUCUAUGUUGAAAGCCAGGUUUUGACUUGGAAAGAACUGUCAUUGUAUGACAAAUCUGAUUGUAUAGGGUAUGACGGAACAGGGUUUUCUGCUUUAUUUUUUAAAUGUGCACUUUAAAGAGACUUGAAUGUUUUGUCUUUUAUAGUGUGUGUGUGUUCGUAUGACAGAAAGCAACAGGUUUGUUUGUGUGUGUGUUUUAGGGAACUAAUUUUAGAAUUAGUUAGUGUAUUGUCUGAAGUUUAUUUUCUCACAACAGAAAUGAUGUCACAAAAUGUCAUGUGACAGCGAAAUAACACUCUGUCAUCAAUCAUUUAUAGAUAGCAAUAGUAGCAUUUAAACACAUAUAUGAAGUGAAUUAUUUAAAGGUCAGAAUAAGUAUACGUGUUUUUAUUUAAAGACCAGUGCUCUUACCGGUGAAUUUUGUAGUCAUGACGAUGAGCUGACUGUAAGCUCGAGGUGGUUUUGUUUGUCAUUUUGUAUUAUGAACGUUAUUCAUUUAUUAAAAAUAUAUACAUUUUUGCUUUAUCUGAUUCAAUAUUGUUUAGAGACGACAACGAUAUUUCAGUGAUGAAGUAUAUUUUUACCUAACACAGUAAGGAGUUGAGAAUGUACAUGUAUACAUGUAUCAUCAG